AUGGCAGCUGCUGGUGUUAUUUCUACAAUGCCAACUUCAUUUGUUUAUGAAGAUUUAGUUUCUCAAGUUCAAAACAUUCAAUAUCAAAUGCUUCAAAUGGAAAACAUUUUUGAUAAUCAAUGCAAAACGGAAAAGAAAAUGCAAAAUGAAUUAAAAUCACGUUCAUUAACAUUUAUAGACCCAUAUGGAAAUCGAACAGUCAAUAAAUAUAUGGAUCAUGAAUCAAUCAAUAAAGUACUCAGAAAAUAUAAGAAAGACUAUGUACCAAAAUAUUUACAAGAAUGGACUAAGAUUGGUACUAUGAAUGAAAAUAUUAUUUCUUCAUUAAAUGAAUGUGAAUUAAAAUCAACUGUGUCGAAAUAUGCAAAUGGACAUCAAUUUAUUACAUACGGUGAAGUGAUUGUAUGGGUUGGAAGUUAUGAAGAUACAUGGCUUCGAAAAAUUGUAUUACAAGUUCUACUAACGGAUAACAUGGAGAAAAUUAAAAUGCAAAUAAAGAAACAACGACAAUUUACUCAUAUAGAAUUAAAAUUAUGUACGAUAGAUCAAAAUGUAGAACCAAACAGAAAGGAUUGGACACACGGUAUACCACUACAAUCGGAAGAUACCAUCAUGUCAUCUCAGUUAUAUCAAAAUAAUUGUGUUAUUAUGGCAACAAUCCCCAACCUGAAGUAUGGUGUUACCAAUUCUAGUGUUAUGCAUUUUCUAAUAUUUGUAAAAACUCUUACUAAUAAAACUGUUACCUACAAUGUGAACUCAGAGAUGGAUAUAGCUACUGUGAAAGAAUUAAUACAAGACAGGGAAGGGAUUCCUUCCGAUCAACAACGUCUGAUAUUCGGUGGAAAGCAGUUAGAAGACGGCAGAACUCUUUCAAACUAUAGUAUAGCAGAAGAAAGUACGUUACACCUCCUAGUACGUUACCGGGGCGGAAUGUAUCAUUUUACAAGCGGUCGACAAGAUUUUUGCAACUUGCCUAAUAGUACUGCCGAAGCUGUUAAAAAUGUUCUCGCAUUCAAGUUUAAAGAUAUGGAUCAUACUCAACAUGUGUCACCAUCUGAAUUACAAAAUUCUAUUUUACAAGCACAAACUAUUCUCUCAACUUUAUAUCGUGAAGUUGCAAACUUUUUUAUAUCUCAUAAUAUUCCAAACUUAAAGACUAUUAUAUUACCAACACCCGCCGACAAUGAAGACAGCAGUGAUAGUGAAGAUGAUGACGAUGAUAUGUCUAAUGAUUAA